AUGCAAGAAUCGUUGAAAACAAAGUUUCAUGUCUCAUCUUCUUCAAGUAGUACUCGUAUGAGAAUUGAUUUGGAAGACCUUCCAUGGGAUCCCGCCGAACGAAAACCAAUUUUGUCUUAUGACGUUAACCAAAGAGAUGAAAUUAGACGUGCGUAUUUGAAUAAAGGUCCAUGUCAACCGCAAGGUCAUAUUUUUCCAAAACGAGAUAUUGGUGGUAGAUUAAGACAAUUUAAUCCCGACUGGUUCAAGGAAUUUGGAUGUUGGUUAGAAUAUAGUGUUAAAUCAGAUGCCGUAUUUUGCUUGGUUUGCUACUUGUUCAAAGAAAGUGGUCAAAAAGAUGCAUUUGUGACCGACGGAUACCAUGGUUGGAACAAAAAAGAUAGAUUGGGUAUUCAUGUAGGUAACGGUAAGCCGAAUAGUUUUCACAAUAAAGCACUUCAAAGAUGUGACGAUUUGCGUAAACCUAAACAAUCUAUUGGUAGCGCCUUUCAAAAGCAUGGUCAACCUAGCCAAAAACACAAAAUCGAGUAUAGAAUCCGAUUAAGCACAUCAGUUAUUCUUGCUAAAGCUUUAUUGAAUGGUGCAUUACCGUUUCGCGGUCAUGAUGAGUCUGAAAGUUCAAUUUAUAAAGGACAUUUCUUGGAAUUUUUAAAACUAUUGGGAGAGUUGAAUGAGUCCAUUGGUAAGGUUAUAUUAGGAAAUGCUCCGGGGAAUAACCAAAUGACGUCUCCAAAAAUUCAGAAAGAUAUUUGUAAUUGCUUUGCACAAGAAGUGUUAAAACAGAUUUUUGAAGAACUAGCCGAUGAUGUGUUUUCUAUAUUAGUUGAUGAGUCUCGUGAUAUAUCUAAAAAGGAACAAAUGGCAGUCGUUUUGAGAUAUGUUGACAAGCAUGGGGUUAUUAAAGAGCGAUUUAUCGGCCUUGUUCAUGUCAUGGAAACAUCAGCACUAUCUCUGAAAUCAGGUAUUGAUGAUUUAUUUUCUCGGUAUAAUUUAAGUUUGGCAAGGGUUAGAGGUCAAGGAUACGAUGGUGCUAGCAAUAUGGCCGGUGAAUUUAAUGGUUUGAAAGCCUUAAUUUUGAAAGACAACUCUUCGGCAUACUAUAUACAUUGUUUUGCCCACCAACUUCAACUGGUUGUUGUGGCCCUUGCAAACAAACAUGAUGAAAUUUGGACAUUUUUUGAUAAGGUGUCGACUUUGACAAAUGUGGUUUGUGCAUCUUGCAAACGAGUAGAUAUGAUUCGAGAAAAGCAAAAGGAGAAAGUACAAGAAGCAAUGGGUCGAGAAGAAGUUGAAACAGGGAGUGGUUUAAAUCAAGAACUAUCUAUUGCAAGAGCCGGAGAUACACGUUGGAGCUCUCAUCAUAAGACACUUGUGCGCUUGGUUCAGUUAUAUCCAACAAUUAUUGAAGUGCUUCAAUAUAUUCGGAAUUCCGGUUUCAAUAAUGUUCACCAAAGACAAGCAAAUGGUAUUUGGACAUACAUGAAGGCAUAUGAUUUUGCAUAUUAUUUACAUUUGAUGAAGCGCAUUUUGGGGAUUACUAAUUUGUUGUCUCAAGCUCUUCAAAGAAAGGACCAAGAUAUAGUGAAUGCAAUUCAAAUGGAUAAUGCAACGAAGCAACAACUUCAAACAUAUAGACUUGAAGGAUUUGAUUCACUUUUGAAAGAUGUGGCAUCUUUUUUGUGA